AUGAUUAUGAUUUGCAAAAAGAAGUUCAUUAAAAUCCUCUUGAGACAAAGAAUUAAAAGGAACGUAGUUCCAUUUUCUAAUGCAACUUUGGUAGAGGUUGCUAGAAGUGUGCGAUUGUUUAUGGAGAGCACUUUAGAAAAGAUGUCACAGGAGUUCCCACACCUGAGCAAGAUGCAGCAUGAAUUUUGUGUUGAAUGCCCCUACUGUCAGCAAAGAGGUCGCAAGUGCACAAACCACAACCAAUUGUCCUGUGCAGAAGAAGACUGCUUACACCUGCUUGAAUUAAGACAAGGUCAGGAUUUGAUCUGCAUGGAAAGCAUGUCUAAUAAAGUACUUACAGUUCCGGGACAAGAAAAAUGGUUGUUGUACCAGGUAUGA